CCGAUGCUGUCAGUCCAGCCCAAAGGGAAGCAGAAGGGCUGCGCUGGUUGCAACCGCAAGAUCAAGGACCGCUACCUACUGAAGGCCCUGGACAAGUACUGGCACGAGGACUGCCUCAAGUGUGCCUGCUGUGACUGCCGCCUGGGCGAGGUGGGCUCCACCCUCUACACCAAGGCCAACCUCAUCCUGUGCCGCCGAGACUACCUGAGGCUCUUCGGCACCACGGGAAACUGUGCUGCCUGCAGCAAGCUGAUUCCAGCCUUCGAGAUGGUGAUGCGGGCCCGGGACAACGUGUAUCACCUCGACUGCUUCGCCUGCCAGCUCUGCAACCAGAGAUUUUGUGUGGGAGACAAAUUCUUCCUGAAGAACAACAUGAUCUUGUGUCAGAUGGACUAUGAGGAGGGGCAGCUCAAUGGCACCUUUGACUCGCAGGUUCAGUAA